AUGCCAAGAAGUGAAUCUCCUAUCGUGGUUCCACAAAAAAAGGUUUGCUUGCAGAAGGCUGAAGUCUUGGUCCUCAGAGCCCACCUAGAAGACUGGAAGUCUGUGAAAGAUAAAGAAAGAUCGAGGGUGCUGCUUGCCAUCUACAAGGAAGCAUCCCUCCAAGCUCCCACCAAGGAAAAGGCCCUGUUGAAAGCUCGGCGAAAGAUUUACAAGCAGUGGUUGCAGAACCAGUCUCGCCAGAGAGGAGCUGCAAAGCCUCUUAUCAAGUAUGGCCGUCAUUGGACGGCGAGGCAAGAGACGGGAGAGAUGGCUGGAAGUGAGGGGAUGAUUACCAAGUGGCUGAAGGCAGCAAAGACAGUCAUUAAUUGUUUGUCGGCGGAGGAGAGAGAGGAAGCGGAGGCCAUGGCGGAGAGGUGGAACAAUGAAGCAGCACCGCUGGAUAUUCAGGCCGAGAUCGCCGAGAGCAAGGGCGCCGACAUGAUCGAGCAUUUUGCGACUGAAAUGUUCAAGAAAGCCAGAAUGCAAGUCUGCAUCCUAUCAGCUUGGAAGGACAGCCAAGGCAAGCUCAUGUUGGGAGGCCACAACUUCAAUGAACAGUUCGGGGAUGGAGAGAGCUUUAUCAAGACAAGGGAUUGGGACGGCAUCAUCAUGCCUGAAUGGGUGGAAUAUGUGGGGGAGCAAUUUGACGGCGAGGAUGAUGGGGAGCCCCAGAUGGUCAAAUCAAAGAAACGAGUUGCCAAGAAAUUAGUUGAACUUGACGAAGACGCCGAUGGGUGGCCGAUUCUGCCUGACACAAUGGGAUGGAAACGAGCCGAACAACAGCACAUGAUUCGGUCUUUCUUGACGAAGCUCUAUAGAAUGUGCUCCAGUGAAGAAAACCUGAAAGCGGUGGUGCCAUGGGGAGAUGUAAUCCAUGACCCAUGGGCAUUUUUUGAUGGUGCCCAUUGGCCGGCCGGCGUGCAGCUCAAGGAGCCAUCCAAGAUGGAUAAAGCAGAUGCCACCACUGUACUAGAUUUCUGGUUUGCCCGCCAGAAAGACGACAUGCAACCGGCCUUCUCAUUCAAGGCCUGGAAAGACUCCGAUGGCGAGAUGCAAGAGGCAGACUUGUGUCCACCCAGUGCUCACCGUGGCAAUGCCACAAAGCAGAGCAAAGGCAAGGGUAAGGGCAAAGCCAACCCUAAAGCUAACCGCUGCUGUGUGCCGGAUGAUAGCAAUUCGGAGGACGAGUUGGACAGUGAUCUGGGAGAGGAUGGUUCUAGGCCAUCCAGUAAAGAUGAGGGAGCACCAUCCACCGGUGGAGAGCCCAAGAUUUCGCCGCCCCCAAAGGUCGCCUUGCCGACCAGGAAGAAGAUCAAGUCACAGCCUGCAAGUUCACGGCGGGAUACCAGACAACCUGUCGCCAAGGUCGGCGGGGUGCUGAAUCCUCCGACGAGAGGUUCUAUUUCCUCUGGACAGCCUCUCAAGUCACAGGGAAUGACAUUGAAGGCACCUGCCGCAUCUCCAGCGACUGGAACUAAAAGCAAGCAGGUCGCAUAUACAUCAAAUGAGCCUCCCAAGAACUUGAAAUGCCGUGGCACCAACGCCGAUACGCCGGCAUGGAAUGAAAAGCAGACUGUCCGCCGGUGUACAUUGGCGUAA